AUGGUAGUAUGCAUAAAUUAUUGUUUUUGCUGCCUUUCUUCUUCUUCUUGUUCUUGUUCUUUUCUUCUUCUUCUUCUUCUUCUUCUUGUUCUUUUUCUUCUUCUUCUUCUUCUUCUUCUUCUUCUUCUUCUUAUUUCUUCUUCUUUCCUACUACAUUUGCUAUUACAACCACAGCCACAGCCACCCCACAACCACCUAACUAACAAUUUUCCUUUCUAUUCUUCUUCCUUUAUAUGCAGUGUCCAUUCAGGACGUAGGUUAUUGCAAUACAUAUACAUCUUUUCUUCGUCUCCUCUUCGUCACCUUCUUCUUUUCUUCUUCUUCUUCUUCUUCUUCUUCUUCUUCUUCUUCUUCUUCUUCUUCUUCUUCUUUUCUUCUUCUUCUUCUAUAUUUUACAUUUUCUUCCCAUUCUUCUUUUAUCCUUCCUCUAUAUUUUCAUUUUUAUUUUCUUCUUUUUUCUUGUUCUUCUUCUUCUUCUUCUUUUUCGAUCUCUCUUUCCGACCUUUAUCGAACAUAAAUUUCUUUCUAUUAUUAAUACCAACAAUACAUUAUUUCUCUUGCAUCUCUUCCUUCUGUUUCUUUUCUUUUCUUCUUUCUUUAUUCUCUCUCAUUUUCUUUAUUCACACCCAUUAUCUUUUUCUUCAUUUCUUUCUUCUAUUUUUCUAUCUUUUUUUUUUAAUAUUAAUUCUCUUUAUAAUUCUCUCUUUCAAGUCACUUCUCAAAGGAAAAUCGUUCCUCUGGUCUGUUCACAUUCAUCUAUCUAUCUAUCUAUCUAUCUAUCUAUCUAUCUAUCUAUCUAUCUAUGUCAAUCUGUUCGACAUCUGUCUAUGUGUUUAUCUUUUACGCUGGGAUUUGGGAAAUUACUUCCAGUUAUACAAAACGAUUUACAACUAA